AUGGCAGAGAUGCAUUUUGAUGCACUGAUCAGCCUGCCGCCACCUGCUAAAUAUGGAGGCAGACACACUGUGACUUUGAUCCCUGGUGAUGGUAUUGGGCCUGAACUUCUGAACCACGUCAGAGAACUUUUCAGAUUCUGCUGUGUCCCAGUGAAUUUUGAGAUUGUCAAGGUAGCUUCAGCUACUACUACAGAGGAUGAUAUCAAGUAUGCUAUUACUGCAAUCAAACGGAAUGGAGUAGCACUUAAGGGUGGGCAUGGGCAUAUAGUAACAGAGACCAAUCACAACCUUCCUCCAUCUUAUAAAUCCACGAACCAUGUGCUUCGAACAUCUUUGGACCUGUAUGCUAAUGUGAUGCAUUGUCAGUCUCUUCCUGGAGUCCCGACCCACCACAAAGACAUUGACAUCAUCAUCAUUAGGGAGAAUACUGAAGGAGAAUACAGCAGCUUGGAGCAUGAGAAUGUUCCAGGGGUGGUGGAGUGUCUAAAUAUAAUAACUCGUGUGAAUUCAUUGCGGAUUGCUGAAUACGCCUUUAACUUAGCCAGGGAGGAAGGGCGCCGCAAGGUCACUGCUGUGCACAAAGCUAACAUCAUGAAGCUUGGUGAUGGUCUUUUCCUACAAUGCUGUAAGGAGGUGGCAGCUGGAUAUCCUGAUAUCACAUUUGAAAAUAUGAUUGUGGAUAAUACCUCUAUGCAGCUGGUCUCUAAGCCCCAGCAGUUUGAUGUUAUGGUGAUGCCUAAUCUCUAUGGAAACAUAGUGAGCAAUGUGUGUGCUGGACUUGUUGAAGGUCCAGGUUUGGUACCUGGAGUAAACUACGGCAAGGACUAUUCUGUUUUUGAGACCGCCACAAGGAACACUGGAAAAAGCAUCGCAAACAAAAAUAUUGCAAACCCCACCGCUACACUGCUGGCCAGCUGCCUGAUGCUUGAUCACUUAAAACUUCAUGCAUAUGCCAGUAUGAUUCGAAAUGCAGUUCUGAAAACUUUGUCUGAAACUCAGUUGCACACAGCUGACUUGGGAGGUCAGGGCACGACCUCUGAGGUGGUCCAGUCCAUUAUGCAGGAGAUCCAAAGAGGGGGUCCCCGCAUAUCAAAACGGAUCUGAACUUCAUGCCAACAUGUUUUUUUUUUAUCCUCUCACAGAUCUGACUAAUGGACACCAGAGAACCAUCUAAAUACGUAACACAGAUUAAUGCCUUGGUAAAACAGAAGAAUCAUUUGAAUUUUUUUUAAGUGAAGUUGAACACAUUUUCUAUAACCUUUUUAGGGUGAAUUCUUCAAUCAAAAGCAUGCCUUUUGAAACUGUUGGUUGAAGGGUGUGUGCGCAAAAGCAUCUUUGACUGUCAAAUGAGGAAGUUGAAAUUUGUUUUUCACAUGCAGUCUAUUUGUUUUGAUAGCAAUAAUGCUGAAAUGUUGGUGAAGAAUUUCACUAAAUUACUUUAGUAUAAAUUUUGUUUACUAGAAUACAUUAUAUGCAAUAAAUCUUAUUAGGUCAGCUUGACUAAAGACUGCACCUAGCUCACUGUAACAUGGAGAACAAGAUUAUGCAUGACAUGCUAAUAUUGAUCCCAAAAUGUUUAUAUCAUAAUGAAGAGUGACAUUGGUUUCUCUGACAUUCAGUUUCAUCUUAAUUUAUUGAUGAUCUUUUUUUGUCCAACUGUAAACUGAC